CGAAUUUAGAAGGAUAUCCUAUUAAAUAGUGUCCGUGGAAGGUAUCUCAGACUUUUCUAAAAUUCUAAAACAUUUGAGCCUUCGUAGAAAAUUAAGUAGCAUAGUGAAUUACAUGUUCAUGAGCUACCUCCGUACAUGGUUGAGUUUCCCGUAGUAGCGCUGGUGGCCCCUUGUCUGUAAAUUCAAGGGGUGGCACGUGAAUGGUACUACCCCUCCAUGCAGCUGGAGGUGCUUAGCUCCUCUGGCCUUGUUGCCUCGUUCAUUCCACAACCCUCAAACUCAACCCUUUUACAGAUGGCGAUGUCACCAUGGCGCCAAUACGGAGGUACUUGCGCAUCACCAAAUAUUCUGUGCUAGAAUGCCGCAUCUAUGUCGAAAAUCCGGCCUUAGCUGAGAGCUGGCUGUUGAAUUCGAGAAACCCGGUGCUGCCUCGCGUUAUGGAAAGCGUUCGACCUUUGGUAUUGCCCAAACUUCGUGAGGAAAACGAGCGCAGCAGAGCAAAGGGGGGAAGGAAGAAGGGGGUCAAGGAUGUUGUUGCUGGGGGUAUGCUUCAGACCUCCUCGAAUCAUGGCUGCGCUGACUGUAUAGAGGAUUUUGAGGUGUCCAUUUUCUUGACCGAAAUAAGUACUCGGCAUUCCCUUCUUACCAAACAUAAGCACUUCCGGGAGACGAAGCCAAAGCAGUUGAUCUCGAAUUCGCAGAAAUUGACCGGAAAUAGUAACGAUGAUGCGAUUGAGGUGGACGACAUACCACCGAUACAAAGAGAGGAUAGUGAAGACGAUGGCUUGGAUGCGCUCCACGAAAUACCCUUGGUAGCUGAGGCUGACGCAGAUUCUCUAUUUGUGGAUGAGGAUGUUGGCCCGCGAAGGUCGAAACGUUCGAGGGCCUCCAUCCAGAGCGAUUCGCAACCAGAAUCCCUUUCCGAGUCGGAACCAUCAACAAAACGGAGGAAGGACACGGAAAACGAUAACGCCGAGUUUGUUGACGAUAAGAAGAAAAUGGCUAUGGAUGUAUCGUAUGAAGGCUUUUCUAUUUACGGGAGAGUGCUCUGCUUAGUCGUUAAGCGGAAGGACAACAAAGGCAAGCGACCAGCAACAGACGGUUCUCACGCAAUGAUGGAAGAAUGGAUUACGGCCACACAGAUGCCCCCACCAGAUGAUGGUUGACAUGCUGGCGCAUUUCGGCAGAUUGGAGUCGCAACUUUCUCAGUUGCCAGCUCACUUCCCGCUGUUUCGUAUGGAGUACGACGAUCGAAGCGAUAUCAAUUAGGUCCAAAGAAGAAGCCCAUAUCGAAUAUUGUAAUGAUCAGCAUGCUAUCCCGAGCUUCGAGCUCAAAAAAUUCCUCGCGUUUGCCACGCGUGAAGAUGCUGCUUGCGACUUUCCAAGAAAAGAAAGGAGUAUGGGUGGAUACUGAUUUGUUUGACCAUUAGACGAAACGUCAACCCCGCAAUCUCAAUCGCGCCAUCUUCUUAAAUCGGUUAAACGGCAACAUAUCACAAGAAAGCGUACUUCGUAGAACCAUGAAAAUGAUGAUAUGAUCAACAUCAUCAUGUUUCAGUAUUUUUUGUUAACUUUGAAUUCCACUGUGUUUUCACUGCGUGCUCCAUUUCAUGGUAGCUUGGGUUAUUUGUGCCUAGCAUUUGUUGAAACAUGUGCAAGGCCGCCACGAUCUGUUUUGCUGCGCGAAUAAGCAUAUGGCAGACUGCUUGCGUACUCCAUACACCACACACACCACACACCUGCCACUGAAGAAUCCAAAGUACUCGUAUUAUUGGCUGAGACGGCCGCGGAGAAACAGAGAUUACGAGGUAUGUCGUUCGAAAUCUUCCGAAUUUGUUUGAGUUAUCGUACAGCAAUCAGUCCGAAGUGAAAAAA